UCUUCUACUUUGCGUUUGGUUAACAUAAAGAUGACUGAAACAGCAGAUCAAUUACUAAGUCGCGUCGUUCCGGUUUGCCAAUGGCUCCCACAAAAUCUACCUAAUCCAAGUUCAACGUUGUCUGUUUACCCACUCUUUCCAGAGACCGUGAGGGAAUGGACUGGAUUCUUCCGAGGUAUCAGAAUUACACGUUUUGGCUUUCCAAGGGGACAAUUCCCUUUACAUGCAACUAAUUCGCGAUUACUCAGAGUCGAAGACGACGCGAAAAUUCGUUUAUAUUAUAACGUUUUGACGCCUGUCGAAGCAUUAUUACCAGCACAAGGAGAAGGAGCAACAUUUUGUGCGACACCCCCUGGAUUUUCGGACCUUUCCGAUCAUGUUUUAUAUUAUAAUCUCUGGGACGUUUAUCGAAGUGUUGACCGGGAUCGGAUAAGGAAUAGGGAUCCAAAUAUGAAAUUUAAGAAAAGGAUCUUAUCACAGGCGUUUGGCAAAAUGGCUUAUAAUGGCCUUCAUUACUGCAUAUUAUCAAAUUAUAGCGACACAUACUUUCUUAAGUGGGAAGAAGCUAGUCCAACCAAUUUGUAUGCUACCCGUGUUGUUCGACCUAACGAUAUCAAUCCAACUUUACGCGAAUGCGUUUAUUACAUCAGCCAACUUGCCCUUGCUGAUAAUGUCGGUAAUAGAUUAGGACGUGUUGAGAAGAGUUCUUUGAAACAGACCGGCAGUAAAAAGAGAGCAGUUCCAUCAUCUUCCAAGGGAAUCACAACUAUAGAUGAAUAUAUAGGUGGUGGGACUUUUGGAAAAGUUUUCUCCGGCAAAUAUCAUGGUCAAGAAGUAGCCUGGAAAACUUGUAACGCGUAUAAGGAAAAAGAAAAGAAAGAAAUUCUAAGAGUCGAAGCAAAUGUAUACUCAAUUUUAAAGAAAUGCCAAGAACAUGCUAUUCCACAUUUAUUCUAUGAAGGUUAUGUUUUUGACGGUUAUCUUUAUGCAUUGGCGUUACAGCUAAUUGAAGAUGCUCGUCAUAUUGUUCCGGCAGUACUUACUAUAGAAGAAAAGGAGACAAUAGUUAAACAACUUGAAUCAAUACAUAGUUAUGGCGUUUUGCAUAACGAUAUUGCACAGAGAAAUAUUCUCUUUGAGCCAAAAAGUAACCAUUUCUUUUUUAUUGAUCUUGGCCUAAGUGAAUUCGUGGUUACUGAAUCACUAAAGUUACGCAAUGAGGAAGAGAUUAAAAAAAUUGUUACAACUUUGACGACUAUUUAA